AUGAGUGCUUUCAAUGAUGUCAAUGAGCCAGACAUGGAUAAAAUUCCAAAAAGCAUAGAAGAGUAUAGAGCAAUUUAUACAAAAUUGAUCAAGGAUCCAGAAAGCUUCUGGGUUGGCAAAGCCCGGAAAUUACUUGAUUGGUAUCAAGAUUUCAAAACAAUUCGUACGGGAAAUUUCAGAGAUGGCGAUAACGCAUGGUUUCAAAAAGGUCGUCUGAAUGCCUCUUACAACUGCAGUGACCGCCAUGCAAUUCAAGAUCCCAACAAAGUUGCUGUGGUCUUCGAGGCGGACGAAGUCGGCAAUGGACGGAAAAUAACAUGCAGCCAACUCCUCCACGACACCUCUCGACUUUCAUAUGUUCUCAAAGAUCUCGGAGUAAAGAAAGGCGACAUAGUCUGCAUAUACCUGCCUAACAUCUACGAGGUCCUCGUGGAAAUGCUGGCAUGCUCAUUAGAGCUGUACACGAUGGUUUUCAUGGGAUUUUCGGCAACAGCUUUCGAACCAGGAACAAACACGUUGUUCACUUUCAGCUGUGCGGCGCUAUACUCCCUAAUUACCCAUUCCAUUAUCCCCACGAAUAUAUCGCCAUAA